AUGAAUUUAAGUUAUGAUUUCAACCCCUCGGUGACCGGUGAAACUAUACCUGAAAGUGUCCAUGAAAUAGAGACGACGCCCAUCAAUGUCCAAAAGGAAAAACGAAAUGAAAAAGGAAAUCAGGAAAAUCAAAGCUCUUUUAGCUUUCAAACAACUGUCAAAGAAUCAAUACCACCAAAAAGAAGACGUCGUAAACCUGUCAAAUCUUGCGCUUUUUGCCGUCAACGAAAGCUGCGAUGUGAUCAAAGAAAACCAAUUUGUACGACAUGCUUCAAAAGGGGAAGAAAGGAAUGUAUAUAUAAAAAUAAUGUGGUUGAGCAUCCUUCAAGCGAUUCAUCCUCAGGGAAUGAAAUCUUGAAAAGAAAAAUCAGUGUCCUAGAGCAAAGAUUAGGUAUUACCGAGAAGGAUGAAGAUGGUAUCGAACCUAAAUCAAAGAAUGUACUGCGAGAACUCAAUUUUUCUCAGAUCAAAGAAAAUGGGAGGAGAACAAUGUUUGGUCCAACAGCUGUUCGAGUUUUCUUCUUAAGCGAACGUUGGGGCUUAACAAAAAAAUACUCUCAACUUUGGGCAAAAGUUAAAACGGAAAGAAAGAGAAUAAAAAGUGAUACUGGAUACAGCAUGCUCCAUGAAAAUAUGCUUAUAGAAGAACCAUAUCGUGAACUACCGCCUUCAACAGAAGCAUACACCUUAUUGAGCGAAGUUCAAAGCUCUCUACCGUCUUAUGAAGCUAUCUUACGAGCAAUUGAGUCUUUUUUUGGAGACGACGAACUCUUCAUCAUAAAUCCAGCAUUUGAUCGACUCAAAGUGCUGAACGAUUUUCAAGAGUCAUUUGUACCAGGUAGAAUCUCCUCUGCUACAUUUGAGAGACCUAUAUGCAAAUUAGUUGGCUCAAGUAAGAAAAAUUACUAUAAGAUAGCUGUAAUACUCGGAAUUAUCAUGUAUACAUCACGUCAAUAUGAAACGGCAAUUUCAUACGAAAAUUUUUUUGUCAUGUUGAAUGGAUUGAGUACUGGAAAGACCAAUUACGUUGAACGAGUUCAAACAACUUUUUUAAGAUAUUCAUUUAGAGUCAAAUGGGGGCUUACUGGCGGUGAUUCCCCCCAUACAAUAAUGCUUGUAAACUCUAUGGUCAACGAGGCAACAUUGUUGGGUCUAAAUACAAAUAUAAAUCAAACUUUUGAGGGGCAUGAAACAUUAUAUGGCAACUUGACCUCAUUGAGAAAAUUAUGGCUGUGGAUCAUGUUCUGUGAUUUCGACUCCGCUCUUCAAAUGGGAUCGUUAUUGAAAGUUCCUGAUGACCUAGUUUUCGAUGAGACAGUUUUUGCGAUUGAAAAUGACGUUCCAAAAUCGCUAUAUAAAUUAAUGGGAUCAUUUUUGAAAAUAGCCAGACCAAUGCUGCUGUCGGUUUACAGCAAAAAAGUUACACCGGAUUUGGAACAGUAUUGUGAUGAUAUUAUCAGUUUCAUUGAACAGGAUUUCCCACCAAUAGAGCAUUAUACAAAUGAAAAAUUAAUUUCCAAGACAAAUUUGAGCAGUGUAAUGAUACUAAGCGCUUCAAUAUCUUUGUUACUGGCAUUCUAUGGUCUCAGGUUCCUUGCUUUGAAGGAGAAGACAUACUACAUGAAAAAUGCCCUUGGUACAACGACGAUAAUGGCAUUUUAUUUGAGCAUUAAUGUGAUUAUAGAAAAUUAUAACAGAGACAAAAAAGCUUUUCCAGAAUCCUUAGAGAAUGAUGUCAAAUACUUGAGCCCAUAUAUGUGCCUAGCAGUUUCUUUCCUGCAUCGACUCAUCAUACGGGCUUUAUCCAUUUUCUACACUAUAUUUUACUACAAACUGACAUUAUUUGAAAAUGGAUUACUAGUGCUAGGUGCCGAGCCUCGAGAUACACCAAUUGAUAUGACCUCGUUUAGAGUACCGUCUUUUGAAAAGCUAUCGUUUAUGUCAGUGUUCGAUGAAUUUUCAAUAGUAUUCGAUCGAUUAGCGCGCAGCAGUGACAAGGUAUUCAAUUCACUUGUUCGUCGAUCGAAUAUUCUCAUCACAACAUUUGCAUUAGAAAAGCUAUGUCAUAAGGUUAUGGAUAAGGUGUUAGAAAGCAGAAAAAUAGCCGAAGAAACUUGGAUGGUGCAAUAUCAGAAUGAUAUAGGCACGCUGGCUGCUAAUACCGCAAGUCCACCUACUGCGAACAACACUACGAACAUAAUAUCAGGCACUGCCUCGCCCAAGGGUGAUAACCCCGAUGGAGUUCCGAGCAUAGCAGCAGGGGUCGAAAAUAUGGCCGACAGUAUUGAAGACGACUUCUGGAUAAGUUAUAACGUCAACUGGGAUGAAUUUUUAAACAGCGUGGAUGAUGUGGAAUUUUACCAUGAACUUAUGAAAAGGGAUUGA